UGCCUCCACACGCGCGCAGUCAGUGCUGCGUUCACAGUGAGGCGUACACUUCCCUGCCAGAACCCAGCUUAGCACGGGCUUUUUACUUUAUGCGAGAUACUAAUUGCGUCGGUGACACGCACACACUCCCACGAGGGAGCAAAAGAGUGUUGGGGAGGUUUAGAAUGCUGAGCGAUGAAGAAGUCUCACUAGUUGGUCGCUGUGAGCGUGCACGAACCUUGACAAGCUGCGUUCAUGGAUUGACUCAAUGACUGGCAUUUGACUUUUUUUUUUUUUUUCCCUCCAUUCAGUUUUGUUUUUUUGUUUAGUUGAUCAAAAUUUAAGGACAUUGGAUUAUUAUGACAUCGAUGCGCCGGUAAUUUGGAGUUGAAUGAGGAUACGGCUUUUCACCCCCUUUUAAAUCACGGAUUAACCUUUGGAAUAAUUAAAAGAAAAGCUUCAAAAAACCUAAUUGGAAACCACAUCCUCGCUCCAACAUGAGGUCCCUCACCGCGUGGAUUUGCGUGUGCAGCUUUCUUCUGCUCUUAGAUGAGACCGUGAGUUCCUGGGACGGCGCCUCGGCUUUGUCCGUGCUCUUGGCUGACGUGCACCCCGCGUCCGAAGUCACCGGAACCCCGUUGGAAUGGGUGGACUGCAUCCAGGCCAGCGACAUGUGCAACCAGAACCCUCAAUGCAGCUCACGGUACCGCGUGAUGCGCCAGUGCCUCGUGGGCAAGGAGAAGGAAGCCAUGCUGGACAACAACAGGGAGUGCCAAGCGGCCCUGGAGGUGCUGCUGGUCAGUCCGCUCUAUGACUGUCGCUGCAAGAGGGGCAUGAAGAAGGAGCUGCAGUGUCUUCAGAACUACUGGACCAUCCACAUGGGACUUACUGAAGGUGGAGAUGUGGAUGACUCGUCCCCGUAUGAACCUGUAGCACCUGGCCGACACCAGGAUGCAUUCCGCUUGGCCUCUAUCUCCUCAGGGAUGCUCACAGUGGCACCAAAGGGUUUCCCCUGCACAGACGCUGAGAGAACCUGUAACCCCUGCCUGGAUGCGGCCAAAGCCUGCAACCUCAACGGCACCUGCAAGAGGCACCGCUCCGCCUAUAUCGCCACCUGCAGCAAGGAGGACCCCAACAAGGGGGAAACUUGCAGCAAGAAGCGCUGCCACAAAGCACUACGACUCUUCCUGGACCGCGUGCCCACCGAGUUCAGCCACCGCCUGCUCUUCUGCCCCUGCCAGACGGAGGGCUGCGCAGAGCGCCGCCGCCAGACCAUUGUGCCCGAUUGCUCCUAUAAAGAGAAAGAAAAAACCAACUGCCUGGAGCUGAGGAUGGUCUGUCGUCAGGACUCCCUGUGCAGGUCCAGGCUGGCUGAUUUCAUGGCAAACUGCCGCAACAUCCCACCCACAGUGAGCACCUGUCCCAACCAAGACAAUCACCAGGCCUGCCUGGCCUCCUACACAAGGCUCAUCGGGACGGACAUGACGCCCAACUACGUGGACAGCAGCUUCAGCCACUGGAUCAUCUCACCCUGGUGCACCUGCAAGGGCAGCGGAAACCAGGAAGAGGAGUGUGCCAACUUCCUGCGCAGCUUCACCGACAACACUUGCCUGAGAAAUGCCAUUCAGGCCUUUGGGUAUGGUCUAGAUUACAUGGCCAGCAAGAACACGUCUGUCCCCGACCCCUCGGUCACGGUGAAGACGGGGUCAGAUCAGUUGGCAGCAACUACCGAGCCUCCUUUUGUGACCAUUGUGAAGUAUCCCGAACCGAGAGAUGGCGGACCCGGCAAACCCCAGGGCCUGCCAGAGGAUCACUGCGCCUGUGUGCGUGCCAACGUCUGGGCUCUGCUUCCCGGUCUGGCUUUGGCUCUGCUCCGGGCUCAACAUGCCUUAUAGAAGUGCCAGGAGGGGGAAAAGAGGUCACCCUCCCACAAGCUGAUCCCAAAAGCAGAAGGUGUUAUUUCUCUGACUGAUAUUAAGAAGACGGAAUCGCUGGAUGUUUGACAUGGAAAAAAGGAGGGGUGGGGGGGUGAAUCCAAAUGAAGGUUGAAGUUGAAAUGUUUGACUUUCAUUGACUUUCAUUUGGUGUCAUCCCAACAUAGACUACAUGGAUUGAACACAUGGCUUUGGAAAAAAAAAAAAAAAAGGACCCUCCCUGCCAUGAGGGCCUUCUCCCUCUCACAAAGACUUUUCAGCAAAGGAGGAAGCCAUGAUGAUCAAAGGUUGACAAAGAGAAAACCAUCAACGAAAAGGUUGAGAAAGAAUGUCGUUUUUAAUGUCUUUGAAUAGGUUCUUGACUUGAGGGGGCCCACAGAUGAUGAUUACAGCGCGUCUAUUGUAAACUCUAAUCUGUAAAACCUACUCAGUGUUCUAAGUGUUGGUAAAGUAUCUGUGACCAUAAAAAAAAAAUUACAAAAAUUAAAAAAUUGUGAAGGCUCUUUCAUUUUGGGUGCCCCAGUGUGCAGUUUUAUGGGAGAUGGUCAAAUGUUGUUAAUGGUUCUUUACUCGUUUGAGAUGUUGCUGUUGACCAACCAUGGCUGUACGCCACCCAUCCACUUGCACAUGUUAAUAUUUGUCAAUGUAUUUAAUGAAAAGAAAAGAAAAAAAAAAACACCUUGUUUCCUUUCUUUCAGCCAAAAUUAUAUCUGCAGUGAUGACUGUGUAUUGACUUUGAAAUGGAUUUGUUACUUACGGAAGGCCUUCAUUAUGUGCGUUUAAAUCUGUCUAUGUAGGAAUGAUGACAAAUAAUGUAUACAGGAAUGAGAUUAAAUGAACUAUGUCUGCUUAGAAAGCUACAACCUGACGUGUGAGUGAUUUAAUGUGCUCAUCAAGACAAUCAAACAAAGUGUGUGUUUGGCUUUGUGAUAUAAAAAGUCCACACACCCCUGUUCAAAUGCCAGGUUUUUGUGAUAUAUAAAAAUGGAGACCAAGAUAAAUAUUUUAGAAACUUUUUUCCACCAUUUGUGACCUAUAACAUCCAUCCAUCCAUUUUCUGAGCCGCUCAUCCUCACAAGGGUCGCGGGAGUGCUGGAGCCUAUCCCAGCUAUCAUUGGGCAGGAGCCGGGGUACACCCUGAUCUGAUUGCCAGCCAAUCGUAGCGCACACAUAAACAAACAACCAUUCACACUCACAUUCACACCUAGGGACAAUUUAGAGACUUCAAUUAACCUACCAUGCAUGUUUUUGGGAUGUGGACAUGUACAACUCAAUUGUUUUUCUAAUCUUUUUGAGAGGGGAAGUAAAGAUAACCUGAUAUAAUGUGGUUGUAUACCUUCUUAUAACUGGAAAGUGGCUCAAAAUUAACCAAUUACAUUCAAGCUCUUGUUAAUCACACAUCUGCCGGAUUUAAACUGCCUCUGGUUAACUCCAAUCUUAAAAUGUUCUUAUAAGCCUUUCUUGAUAUGAGUUUGCUUUCGAGCAAGUCUGACAGUUUUGUACACUGACUGCUAUUUCAAACUUUUCAUAAUUCCUUCCAACUUGUCUAAGGCCCUAGUUCCAGCAGAAGAAAAAAAAAAGAGGUAAUCUCCAUGCUUUACUAUAGUUAUUGUGUUCUUUGGUGACAAGCAAUGUAGUGUUUGCCCCUUUUUGGAGUUAUGGGUUUUGCUUUCAUUGGACCAAAACAAAAUCUCCCAAACACGUGGGAAAAUGUUAUAAGAGGGUCAACCACAUUUUAGGUGUUUAUUUUUACUUCACCUCUCAAAAAGAUUUAUAAAAAUUCAAUUGAGUUGUAGAGAUUAUAGGUCAUGUUAAUGAUGGAAAAAGGUUUGAAGUGAUUUAUUUUUGUCUCAUUUUUCUGUAUUACAGAAAACUGGCAUUUAAAGAGGGUGUGUAGACUUUUCAUUUCCACUGUGUAUGCUUGAGAAAAUGUUGCGUCAUCAAUGUGAUGAGACCAGUUUGUGAAGCAUGUUAGGACCAAUGCAGGACAGAAAUACUCUUACAUUGAGAAAGGAGGGAAAUUUCAUUUUUAUUUUUUGUGUUUGUGCAGAAUUUUAUUGAUAAGAGUAGUAAGGUAUUUUGCAAAAAGUGAGGCUAUUUUUUCCGCUCAAAGUUUGAUGGACUGUUAUCUGUAUGCUAAAUAAAUAAUGCUAAAAGUGUAGUUGCUGCUGAGCUUAGCUGUGUAUAAAGAUUGGAAACAAGAAAAUGGCUUG